AUGUCCAAUAACAACGACAUCAAAGCAUUCGCAGAUGCGGACGGCCACUUUAGACGUCAGAAGUCCACAUUUCGCGACCACAUUUCCAGAGAACCAGGAGCUGAAUUUCCACCCGAAAAGGAUCGUUAUGUCCUAUACAUAAACUGGGGCUGCCCUUGGGCCAACCGCACGGCCAUCGUCCGCAUGCUCAAGGGUCUCGAAUUCAUCAUCGAAUUGGUAGUCAUGGACUAUGAAAUGUUUCCCGAUGGCUGGGGAUACACAGGAGCUCACGGAACCAUGCCUAAGGAUCCUCUCUACGGUUUCACCCGUCACCGCCAACUCUACGAAAAGGCAUCGCCAGGCUAUACGGGCCGUGUCCUGGUACCGACACUUUGGGAUAGGAAAACAGAAACGAUUGUCAAUAACGAGAGUUCGGAGAUUAUCAGGAUGUUCUUCACAGAGUUUGAUGGCUUGGUGGAGGAGAAGUAUAGAGAAGCUGCUCAUCCUCAAGGUGGAUAUCUUCCCGAGAGCUCGAAAGAAAAGAUUGAGGUUUUCAAUGCAUGGGUGUACGACGACAUCAAUAAUGGGGUAUACAAGACUGGCUUUGCGACAUCUCAGGAAGCCUACGACGAAAACGUCGAGAAGCUAUUCGCAGCUCUCGAUCGCGUGGAGGCUCACCUUGAGAAAUCAGAGGGAAAGUUUUUAUUCGGGAAUCAUGUUACAGAAGCUGAUAUCAGAUUGUUUCCGAGUAUUGCGAGGUUUGAUGUUGCGUAUUAUACACUGUUCAAGUGUAAUCUCAAGAUGAUCAGGCAUGAUUAUCCGAAGAUAGAGAGGUGGUAUAGAAAUCUUUACUAUGAUGAUAACGAGUAUACAAGAGGUGGUGCGUUUCGGAGAGCGACGUAUUUUGAUCAUGUGGUGCCAAAAGGGCCGGUGCCAGAUAUUCUACCUCAGGACACUUGA